UAUUAAUCAAAUAAUUUUUUUACUAAAAUUAUGAAUAUAAUGUACAAAAAACUUUUCAAAAAUUAUGAAAAUGUUUAAGUCCGCAUCGCGGGCAAAACAGCUAGUUUGAAUAAAAACCAUAAACUUUCAGUUAAUUUCACUAAGAUUUUGAACAACUAAAGUAAUCAGUAAACAGACCGUAGCUGUAUAUUCAGUAAAUUUAAGAAUAAUUUAAAACCAAAAUUACCUGUCUAACCGAAAAUAUGAACCAAACGGAUCAGAGGAACCGAUAGAUAGCAUAAAAGGUGGUUAAAUCGUUUUGGGUAUUGGGCCUCAUUGGGAUUUAAAUUAAAAAAUGUGGAACAUUAUAUUCGAACGGGGUUCAAAAUUGAGAAAUUCAAAUUAUCUCCCAUCUUCCCCCUUCCUGUCUCUCAUUUCAAUCUCAAUCUCAAUCUCAAUCUCAAGGCUGAAGCUAAAAUGGGGGUGAAGUAUCUGUGGGAAGUAGUAGAGCCUUGCAAGAAGAGAUAUCCACUCGAUCAUCUUCAGUGAGUAUUCUUGUUUCCUCUCAGAAAAAUUUAUGCUGUAUAAUUAAAGAAAAGACAAGGCCUUGACUUAGACGAGAUCUCAUCUCCGUCGUCCGCAGAAACAAGAGGGUAUGCGUGGAUCUCUCGUGUUGGAUGGUGGAAAUGCAUAAAGUGAACCAGUCGUAUUGCGCUACUAAAGAAAAAGUUUAUCUCCGAGGGUUCUUUCAUCGUCUUCGAGCCCUAAUUGCCCUAAACUGCUCCAUCAUUCUAGUCUCAGAUGGUUCAAUUCCUGGAAUCAAAGUACCAACGUACAGGCGUCGAUUAAAAGCAAGAUUCGAGCCAGGUUGCUGACGAUGGCGGCGUCGAACCUGGGAAACAGACUUCACUCAGAAGGAAUAAGGGGUCUGAGUUCUCUUGCAUGAUAAAAGAGGCCAAAGUUAUUGCUUCCACACUGGGGAUACUCUGUUUAGACGGGGUUGAGGAAGCUGAAGCACAAUGUGCUCUGUUAAACUCUGAAAACUUAUGUGACGCCUGUUUUAGCUCUGAUUCAGAUAUUUUCCUUUUUGGGGCAAAGACUGUGUACCGAGAGAUAUGCCUUGGUGAAGGAGGUUACGUUGUUUGCUAUGAGAUGGAAGACAUCAAGAAAAAGCUUGGGCUUGGACGGAACUCAUUGAUAGCUCUGGCGCUUCUGCUUGGCAGUGACUACUCUCAGGGAGUUCGUGGUAUUCGUCAGGAGAAAGCCUGCGAGAUUGUUAGGUCUGUUGGAGAAAACGUUAUCCUUGAAAAAGUUUCAUCAGAAGGACUCGCUUUUGUCAAAAAUAAGAGAAAUUCAAAGAAGCAAAUUAGGCCUAAAAAGGGGACCUUACCCUUGGUGGCUGUAAAUGGAAGUAGUCAUGAUCCAGAGGGACUGCAAGAGAUCAAAGAGGUGAUCGAUGCGUUCAUGAAUCCCAAGUGCCACAAUGCAGACUCUAAUACAGUUUCCAGGGCUCUGGCUGAAUUCACUUUCCAGCGCACCAAGCUACAGGAGAUAUGCCACCAGUUCUUUGAGUGGCCCUCUGAGAAAACAGAUGAAUACAUACUUCCUAAAAUUGCUGAAAGAAAUCUGAGAAGGUAUGCUAUUCUGCAAUCAAGAUCAACUGAGGUUGGCGUUAACCGUCCUCUCCACAAGCUACAGGUGCCAGAGAAGUGCCCGGUGUCUGAAAUCAUUAAGACUCGCAAAGUACAGGGACGAGAAUGUUUUGAAGUCUCAUGGAAUGAUCUAGAAGGACUAGAGACGUCUAUUGUUCCUGCAGAUCUUGUAGAAAGGGCUUGUCCUGAGAAGAUCAUAGAGUUCAAGGAGAAAAUGGAAGCAAAGAAGAAGAAGAAGAAGAAGCCGAAACAAAAACAACCUAAAUCAAAAGAGAAGGAAACAAGUUCACCGAGUAAAGCUUCUUCACUUAUCGAACUCAGCCUCCAACUCCAACAGAUUGAUCUUAGUUCAACAUCUGACCUAGCUACAAGCACCAUAGAAGAAGCAGAGCAAGAGAAAGAACAGCAAAAAUCCAAGAAACAUGAUUACUUGCGUCUAAUCGAUUCACCUGCUAAAGAAAAUUCCAGUAUUGGUUGGUCGACCAUUGGUAAAUUCGGUGUUGGCUCGAGCUCUUAUUCAUUCUAUCCAGAAACAGAAGUCAUUGAUCUGAUAAGCCCUUGUCCUGAAGCUCGGUCACGGAACGUGUCAAGAAGUUAUCAAGAACAGAAGUCUCAGGAGCAGAAGUGCCUUCAUCACAAACUUGAGAAUGUGAUUGAGCUGAGUGAUUCAGAGACAGAUGAUGAUGAUGAUGAUGAUGGUGAACAUUGCAGAAAAGCCAGAGAGCUUAGGAUGUUCUUGCAAAAUAUUAGGAAAGACGUUAUCCGCUGAGCCAAAAGUGGACGAUGAUCAUUUAUGAUAAGUGACUAUGCUAUGUUAUUAUGUACGAAUUGUUCCAUUCCACAUAAUGUCUAUGAUUUAUGAAUUCUUUUUUUUUUUUUUAAUUGUGUAGGUUUCAUGAAAACUGUUAGUAAAACAGCUAUUAUUAAUAAACAGAUUCUCUUUGUUGGCA